ACCUCAUAAUAAAUAUUUGCCGAAUGCUCGAAUCGGAUCCUUGGGUUUAAAUCAAAAGCGAUGGAUCACAAAGAAGUAAACAAACGACAAUGUUUGGAUCGCAGACUUCUUCUCUUUACAUUGUCGUGAGUUCUUUUCCUAAAUGGUUUUGGUUGCGACAAACCCGGUCGACUACGAAUAUUGUUACGGGACUAUCUCGAAGCCAGUUUGUUUCUGAAACAGAGGGGGAGAUACAAAGAAGAGAGAGAGAGAGAGAGGGUGGCUGCUUUUCUGAAUCUACGGCAGAGGGAGAGAGAGACAGACACAGAGACGAUCUAUCUGCGAUCACGUUUCUUUCGCUUAUUACGUAUUACCCCCCAACUGGUUGAAUGAAAAGGGUAUCUGAAUUCAAUGUGGGUGUUUGCGAAUAAAGAAGAUUGCUUUGUUGCAGAUCAGAAAGAUCAUAGAGACAAAUAUGAGUUGGAACAAAAACCAGAGCUGGGGUACGUCUCCCUCCAUGCCUAUGGCCAUGCCCUCUCCCUCUCCCAAACCCAAUACCAGGAGGCUCUACCAAGUUUGGAAGGGUAACAAUAAAUUUUUGUGUGGCGGGAGAAUAAUCUUUGGUCAAGACGCAGGAUCACUAUUUUUAACUACAUUUCUAAUUGGAGUCCCUGCAAUCACAUUCUGCAUAAGAAUGAUUUUAACGAUCAAAGAAGAGGAUCGUCGUUUUAGCUAUCCUGUACUGAUUUUUGGAUUGGUUCUGACUCUUUUGGAUUUUACGUUUCUGUUCUUGACAUCAGGGAGAGAUCCAGGAAUUAUUCCAAGGAACUUACACCCACUUGAAUCAGAUGAAGCAUUUGACACUCCAACAGUAUCUAUGGAGUGGCUGAAUAGCAAAGCCGGCAAAUUGAAAUUACCUCGAAUGAAGGAUGUAAUGGUGAAUGGUCACACAGUAAAAGUGAAGUACUGCAACACUUGCUUGCUUUACCGCCCACCACGCGCUUCUCAUUGCUCUCUGUGCAACAAUUGUGUGCAGAAAUUUGAUCACCACUGCCCUUGGGUGGGUCAGUGUAUUGGAUUGCGUAACUAUCCAUUCUUCAUCAUGUUUAUACUGUCGUCAACCCUCUUGUGUAUGUACGUGUUUACGUUUUCUUGGAUGAAUGUUCUGCGGAGAAAAGGCAAUUUGUGGAGCGCCAUGUCACGUGAUAUACUUUCAGUUAUUCUCAUAGUAUAUUGCUUCGUAGUUUUCUGGUUUGUUGGUGGACUUACCUUCUUCCAUUUUUAUCUCAUCUGCACCAACCAGACAACUUAUGAGAAUUUUCGGUACCGCUAUGAUAAGAACGAAAACCCUUUCACCAUGGGUGUAAUACAGAACUUAAAAGAGGUCUUCUUUUCUAAGAUCCCACCUUCAAUGAUCAAUUUUCGAGCUUGGGUGUCUGAAGAUGAUGAUGUAGCGAUGGGAUCUUUUAGUUUGGAGCUAAUUAAUGGUGGUCGAGCCUUCGACGAUAGAUCAUCAAAAGAGAAAUUUGAUAUCCAAGCUGGAAACAAGUUUGAAAAUGUUGGAAGUUUGAGGGUUGUAGAUAUUUUACAGAAUUUGGAUUACAGUGGUAUUGAUGAUAAUUUGAAGCAAAAGAUGGAAGAUGGAGAUCAUACUGCUUGAUCAUGAUUUGAUCCAUUUUUCCAUAGCUACUGACUCAGUAUAUAGUCAGGAACAAAGAUAUUCACAAUGAACCUCCAGUACUGUUGGAGAUACCAUUAAUAUUGGUAAGAUCUUGUCUUAGUGGAUUCUAUUGAAUUACGUACGUCACUAACUUCAGAUCGAUCGGAUACCAAGCUAGCACUGCUUUCUCUUUGUUUUCCGAACUUUGUAUAAAUGUCAUGUUAUUAUUUAAAUAGAUGUAACAGAUAACAAUACUUUUGCA